UCGCAAAGGCUGCUGGUCAGGCUUUGCUCGAUAAUACAGCCCCUGCAAAGCUUUCAAGCUCCAGCUUUUCCAGCGACUGUGUCCUGUCUUUUCCCUCGGUUUUUUUCACUCGACUAUAUCAAUAUCAAUCAAUAUGCCGGCCGCAUCCAAGAAGAAGUCUACUCCCGCCACCGAGCUGAGAAAGGCCUCUCAGUCCUCCCAGUCCUCUGUUGGUGAGCCCUCGGUCCUGGGAACCACAGAGAAGGGCAAGUUGCACAAGCGUUCUCGUUCUGGCUGCUUCACAUGUCGUCUUCGUCGGAAGAAGUGUGACGAGGCCCAUCCGUCCUGCGGUGCCUGCAGCAACCUCUGUGUGAAAUGCGAAUACAAGCGUCCCUCAUGGUGGGGAAACGCAGACCAGAGAAGGAUACAGAAGGAGCGCAUCAAGAACAAGAUCAAGCAGACAAAGAUGAAUGAGCGCAAUGGGUCCUUGACUGACCCCCUUGGCCGCAGUCGCAGCAUCGCUGUGACCUCGCCGCUCACCCCUGAAUACGAAUUCAACCGCCCACUCUACGCAGAGCCCUAUGACCUCUUCUCAUCGCACAUGCCCGCACCUGGAAUGAGCCAGAUUGUCUAUGGACCCUAUGGCCCCUAUGAGAUUGAUGUCAAGACAGAGCGACAGACAUACAUCAACGAUGUCCCAUUGCGUCAUGACUCUUCGAUCUCUACCUUCAGUACCUUUGCACCUCCCCAGUUGAACGCCCCUCUGCCGACUUUCCCCAGUGAGGAUAUGUUUCGCGAGGAGUACUUUGGCCAGCUUCCCACUCUUGAAGGAAUCGACCCUACUCUUUACGACCCCACCAUGGAGGACCAGACCUUCUCCACGCUACAGUCCAACAUCCCCGUUGAUGACCAUGACCGACCUCUCCUCGACCACUUCAUCCACAAUGUCUUGCGCCUGAUCUUCCCCGUCUCCGAGGCUCACCAGCGCGGGCACGCCCGCGCCGAGACAAUCCUCCAGGCCCUGGAGACAAAUAAGUGCUACCUUCACUGCUGCCUCAGCGUUUCUGCCAUCCACCUGAAGACUACAGAGGGUCUCGUGGGGGAACAGAUCGACCAUGAUAUUAUGCGACACCGGUAUGAGGCCAUCUCUCAACUAUGCCAGGCUCUCGGUCAGGAUAUCGACCACCAGGAAAUUCUCGAUGCCACCCUGGCCAUGAUUUUCUUCCACUGCUCCGUUGGCCCUUCAGAUGAUUACCUUCCCGACAUCCCCUGGUUUGACCACUUCCAAGCGGCAUCGAAUCUGGUGAACAGACUCGGACUUCCGGCUCAGAUGCUUGACUGUGAUGGCACAUACAUGGCCCCACCAUUCAGCAUGACACUGACCUCCUGGAUUGACAUUCUUGGCUCGACCAUGCAGGGAAAGACACCUCAAUUCGCGCACACCUACCGCUCCAAGCACCUCAGCGGUUCAUCUUCAGGCCUGAGCGAGCUCAUGGGCUGUGAUGACCGGGUGAUGUAUCUGAUUUCCGAGAUUGCCUGCUUGGAUGCCCUGAGAGCUGAGGGACGUGUUGAUGACAUGUCUGUCUGCUCGCAUGUUUCUGCCCUUGGACGACAACUCGAGUACACGGAACCAACAGAACCAGCCCUAGAGAGCCCCUACUCACCCGUCACUGGUGCCAUUCGCCCAGAGAUCUUGACCAGGAACAUGACCACCAUUUUCCGCAUCGCAGCCCGAAUUUACCUUUGCAGCCUUGUUCCAGGAUUUGACCGUGACCAGCCCAGCAACCUCAACCUGGUUUCCGCCAUCACCAACGCUUUGCAGUACAUCCCACCUGGCCCGAAUGGCUUUGACCGCUCCCUUGUCUGGCCAUUGCUCAUCGCUGGUGCAUUCUCCGCACCCACCAGCGAAUUCCGAACCGUCCUUGCCGAAAGAGCUGCUUCCCUUGGUGACCACGCCGACCUUGGCAGCUUUGGCCGCAUGUACCGCUUGCUCCAGGAGGUGUGGCGACUCAACGAUGACCCAGUCGACCCAAUUUAUGUUCCAGACGCCACAUUCUGCUCCUCCCCCCUGGCUAGCCCAGUUCUCAAGCAAGAGCCCUCUUCCCCUGGAAGCGACGGAAGCAUGGGAGGGAGAGAGAUCAAGAAGCAGCAGGUGCACUGGCGGGAUGUCAUGCAACGACAUGGCUGGCACUACCUUCUCAUCUAAGCUCGAAGCAACAUGAUCCAUUCCGUGGGAUUGUAUCUCACGACGACUAGUGUCUCUUGACGGGACCAAUGCGCGCAGGCUUGGACCUGCGAGCAACGACGGACAUGAAGCCUCCGAUGCUUAC